AUGGCUGAGAGCCACAAGGUCAAAGCUAUCGGUGACCCCUUUGGAGGUGGGGAGACGAAGGCGAUGGCCCUCAGGAAGAAGCGAUAUUUUCGCAAGAAGGGGGAGGGCCCCACGGUGACUGAACGCAUUCUGUCGGUCGCGGCGGCCAGCAAGCAGCGACGCGGCAUCUCGCUGGCCGCCCUCAAGAAAGCGCUGUCAGGCAAAGGCUACGAUGUAAACCGCCACAACAACCUCGUCAACCAGACAGUGCGGCGUCUGGUGAAGAAGGGCUCGCUCGUGAAGACCAGCGGCACCGGCGCCUCCGGAUCAUUUCGAUUCAAUCGCUCCAACAAAGGCCAGAGCCUUCAGCCGGCUCGUGCCUCUGCGCUGAAGAAAGCGGCUAAGAUCACUUCGAUGCUUAACGAGAACUCGUUGCCGAACAAGAGCGGCCGAACUGCGAAGGAAAAACGGACGGCCAAGGGGAAGAGUGGGCUGCAGGGCCGCGGUCGGCGCAUGAAGCCAAAAUCCCCCAAAGUUAGGGUGUCCUACGCGCGCAAGGUGGCCCGUGGCAGGAAGGGGGCGGGCAAAGGGAAACUGGGGCGGCGGCCAGUUGGGCGGCCUCGUAAACCCUACAAACAGAAAGUAGCCUCUCGGCUGAAGUGA